AUGUAUCCCUCACCUUUCACUUUGAUUCUUCAUUUGUAGUAAAAAAAUUAUAGAAACUAGGAGAAAUCAUGAAUGCUCUUAUGCUGUUACGUCAGCAUCAAAAUUCAAUAGCAUACUGUGUUAAGGAGAAUAAAGCAUGUGUCGGUUGGGUGAAUAAGUAUUUUAAAGAUUGUCUUUGCAAUCUGAGUGAUGAAUUCUCCUUUGCGUUGGGUCUUGUAAGCCUCGUAUGUUGGGCUGUCGCUGAAAUCCCACAAAUUAUCACCAACUUUCGUACCAAAUCCAGCCAUGGUGUUUCACUUCUUUUUCUUCUUGGUUGGGUUGUCGGUGACAUAUUCAAUCUAACAGGUUGCCUUCUCGAGCCUGCAACGUUGCCGACCCAAUUGUACACAGCGGUGCUCUACACAACAACUACUAUCAUACUAGUGCUGCAAGUCUUGUACUACGAUUAUUUCUAUAAGUGCUGGAAACGUAGUGAUGACGACUCUAGCCAAGAGGUAGAAGAAGUGAAGAAGCCAUUGAGACCACAGAAACCAACAGAUUCAGGGAUUCCAAUACCCGGUGGCACAGCAAGAUCCGCAUCACGCCGCAUGGAUUUCUAUUUCAUGUCUGCAAGAUCAUUGGCUGGGAGUUCAACCCCGCCAUUUAGGUCGAAUCUGAGGCCUAUUGCAAGUGGUCCAUCUGCAGUGGGACUUAUCCAUGACUACUCUUCAGAUGAUGACACAGUGGAUGCACCAUUAAAUAUUUCCGUUAGCCAACCAAAGCCUAUCCCGCGAUCUGCAGGUUUUGGAGCGUUCUUAGCAACAUCGUCUGGAAUGCCUCACCAGACAAAGGCUUUAAUUGUUGGAUUUGGUGGAAGAAAACUGUUACAAGAGCAUGGGACGGAGCACAGUGCCCUUGGCCAAUGUUUGGGGUGGAUGAUGGCUGCUGUCUACAUGGGUGGUCGGCUACCUCAAAUAUGGUUAAACAUUAAGCGAGGGAGUGUCGAGGGCUUAAAUCCUUUCAUGUUUGUCUUUGCACUCAUCGCCAAUCUCACUUAUGUUGGGAGUAUACUACUUAGAUCUAUAGAAUGGAGUAAGAUUAAAGCCAAUAUGCCUUGGUUGUUGGAUGCUGUCGUCUGCGUUGCGCUAGAUUUAUUUAUCAUAUUACAAUAUGUCUACUACAAGUAUUUCCGAAAGAAUUCUUCCACUUGCAAUGGCAGAGAAUACGAAGGAGCAUACAGGCACGUGAACAAGAAUUGAAGGCAAAUUGCGUACAGUACCUGGGCAGGUUGCUCUGCUUUACACCCCUUUAUAACCGCGGAAUCAAAUAUCUAAAUUCCGAAGACUUAUGCGGCUCUUUCUCCUUGCAAUCGAUUCUUACAUCCUUUUUUUUUUUUUUUGCCCUUUAUAAUUAUUUUACUUGUGUCUUCUAAUUAGUGAUGAAUUUCCUUAUCAGAAUCUUAUUCUGAAGGUGUAGAACAAUUUUGGAGAGGUAGCUGGUCGAAAAUUAGAUCUUUAGUUUCUCAUCUCAAGUAUGAUAUAGCUCUGGCAUAUCUUAUAGCACAGAUACGUCUCUCAUAGUUUGAAAUAUUACAUGCUUUUUAGAUCUUUACAUCACAGAGCUGUAUCUCAAUCUAUAAAGGGACAUAUAUUACAUGCUUUUUAGAUCUUUA